AUGAUAUUCACAGUGGGAUGUGGUCAGGAAACCCGUGUGAUUCCCCGUCUUCUUCAGAUGCGAUUCCACUGGCUCAAAUCCGAGAAAGAAUCCAUGCGAUUGAAUCAGGCUGGUAUUACAAAGUCAGUUCUCGAUUCUGCCAUAGCAGCAUUCACGUUGGAAAUCAUAGCGAAGCAUGGCGAGCCAGCUCCCAGACUCUGCAACAAAGACCCAUUGACAAUAAAAAUGGGCACCUACGUCAUCGAUCUCUUCCCCAACGCCAAGUUCAUUUUCAUGGUUCGCGACGGUCGUGCCACAGCCCAUUCCAUCAUAUCUCGAAAAGUUACAAUCACCGGUUUUGAUUUGACCGAUUACAGGCAGUGCCUGAAGAAAUGGAACAGUGCUGUGGAAGCGAUGAACAGCCAAUGCAGGGAACUGGGGCCUGAUAGAUGUUUGCGGGUACCCUNGGAAGUCAUAAUGUUGAUCACUGGUUAA